CAAUAUAACUUAAAAUUAUUAUACACCGUCUGAACAAGAGUAAUGAACGUGAUUAGAUAUGGUUGAAACUUAGGACUAACUGCUACUAUUAAAAUGGAACGGAACAAUUGAUAAAUUAUCCUUUCUUUUUAUUCAUUUGUAUGAAAAGAUCAUGAAAUAGUAGCACGGACAAAAAAGUUCAAACCAUAACAAAUGGUGACUGCAACAACUAGAUUCAAUGUUGUAUGACGACAAUGGGGGAGAGGCCAUCCAUCAGUAACGCCAACACCUGGUUAGGCCCCCGAAGUCUAUCGCAGAUCCGAACAGAUUAUCAUUCUGGAAGGCCUCUCUCGUGUAAACGAAAGCAGUUUCAUCUACCGAAUACCGUACCUGGAACUAAAGUCACGGAAUAUACCUUCGGCCAUUCUACUUCAUAUCAAACAAAGGGUCCUAUUCUUUUUGAAAGUCCGCAUGUCGCAAGGGUUUCAAGUUAUCCGGGAGUAACAUUUCCAAAACUUCAAGGAAAUUUAACAUCUUAUGUCGGUAAAACUGACAUUAAAACAACAUCAAAAGAUAAAAAUUCAGUGACUACACCACUAGAAAAAUUAAGAAUCGAAAACAGACAAAAUACUUCAGAAAGUAUCAUCAACAAAAUUUUAACUCAUGCGGAAAGAUGUCGGUCAAGAGAUACGAUAGGAAAAGGUUCUCCUAAAACAGGAUUAACAGACGAAAAUUGUUUUGAUUAUAUUGUUAUCAAGUCGUUCACCAAAUCAAAGAUACAGAAAGAAAUGCGGCAAGCUCUUAAUAGGAUAAUUUUAAGCAGCAAAAAGAAAACUCUUCUGCCAACAUCUCCACAUUUAUCUGAAAAUAUACUCAGACAAACUUCUGCCCUUUCCAGAGCAACGUGUUCUUCUCGGUACACCGGAAGCUCAUCAGAUCGCUAUUCUGCAAAGUACGAUAGAAGAGAAAACUUAACUUCAAACAUCAAUUUACAAAAUAUCGAUUCUAGAAAUAUACUUCACAAACACCACAAUAGCACAAAAAAAUUGAAAAAUAUCGAAAUAAACGGAAAUCCAGAUUCAGCAAAUAGCACAUCUCGUCAAGCUUGUAAACAGAAAUCGGCAAGCAGUCGUUGCACUGAACGAACAUUUGUCCAGCCUACACUGCCAAAACUAAUAACAGGGAAUAAUUCUUGCAUGUUCAGACUUAAUGGUCCAAUUUUACUUAGUGCACCUCAUGGUUUGAAAAUCUGGAGAGGUGGAACGGACGGUCGAAGGCGCCGUAUACAUUAUAGAGAAAUCUAUGUUACUGAAAUUGUUCUAAAAUUAGCAAUUCAUAUCAGCAAAUAUACAGGCUAUCCUGCAAGUUUUAUUAUAUGGGAUAGGAAAGUAGGAAUGCCGGCAGAUUUUAGGAAUUUAGAUCCGAAUUAUUUGACCGAAAAACAGUUUAUCCAGUCUCCUUGGCAUGAAGCAUUGGAACAAUUCAAAAUUUACGGCAAAGAAAACAAUAUGCCAAUAUUUCAUAUUGAUAUUCACGGGAAAAAAGAUAGGAAAAGUAAUAUGGAUGUAGACGCUGGGUUUCGUGCAAUGGAAACUCGUUGGCAUAGCACAAAGUUUGUGGAUAUGUUCAAAGAGGAAACGCAUUCUGCUUUUACACAAGUGUUCCAGGACCCUGCAUACGAGAAAAGAGGUAUGAAAUAUGCAAUAAAUGUGGACCCCCUGUUAUGUGGAGACUGGGGAGGAGAUUUAUAUACCAUGACAACUCAAUCUGUGUGUCUGGGUAUUCCUUCAUUUCAAUUAGAAAUACCCAGAACCGUGAGAGCUCAUAUGGUUGAGGAUGAAGAAUUAACUUCAAAGUUUGCAAAAGCUAUAGUAGACAUAUACUCAAAGUGUGUUCUUAAAGAUAAACAGUUACCAUCCAAAGGAAGUGACAUGUCAACAACUGAGUUUUUGGAAAAAAUAUAUAACGAUCAUCUUAAAAUUGAAAAGGCAUUUCCUGAAAAACAAAUAUAAAAUACUAAUACUUAAGGAAAUGUAAUAUAUAUAUAUGCUCAUAUUGGGUAAUAAGAAUAAAUGGGUGUUUGUUCAA